AUGCUGGCACUCCCAGCGCCCGGCGAUACUGACCAGGACUCCCAAGUCCUUUGCGGCAUUUGCCUGCGAUCGCGAAGGCUUGAGCCGGCAGGCCAUGCUUUCCAUGCGGUGCAUGAGAAGCCGCUCCUCAAGGGACGGCGCAGUCCCACAGUGCAGAAGGAGAAGGAGGAGAGUGAAGAUGACACGCCUUCCGAUGCUUGGAGGAAUAAAAAGAAGAAGGACGGCACAGGGCGAAGCGCACUGAAGCUUAGCGCGCUCCUGACAGGUGAAGACCUGUACAAGCUCCUUGAGGUCAGUGAAACCUCCUCUGUUGAGCAAAUCAAGAAGCAGUACCGGAAGCUGGCCUUGCAGCACCACCCUGACAAGCAAGGUGGAGAUGCAGGCGAAGAGAAGGCCUCUGGCUUGUCCGAGAAGGAUCAGCACUUCAUCAAAAUACAAGAAGCAUACGAGGUACUUUCAGAUCAGUCAAAACGUCGACAGUAUGACUCAACGUUGGACUUUGAUGAUAGCGUUCCAGACGAGGUGGAUGAACAACUUGGCUUCUAUGAGACCUUCGCACCCGUCUUCCGCAAGAAUGCGCGCUGGAGCACCAGGUUCCCAGUGCCCGAACUGGGUGAUGAGAAGACAGAGAUGACCAAGGUCCACAAGUUCUAUGAUUUCUGGCUCUCCUUUGAUUCCUGGCGGGACUUCUCGAUGCACGACGAGUACAACCUCGAGGAUGCGGAGUUUCGAGAGGAACGACGGUGGAUGGAGAGGCAAAACCAGCGCGUGAGGAAGAAGUAUGUGGAGGCUGAAAGACGUCGAAUCAUGCGUUUAGCAGAGACGGCUGAAAAGUGGGAUCCACGGAUACGUGCAGAGAGAGAGGAGCGUGAGAACAAGAAAAGAGAGGAGAAGGAACGAAGGGCUCGUGCCAAGCAGGAAGAGAUUGAAGAAAAACAGAGAAAGGAAGAGGAGAAGCGUCGCAGACUGGAGGAAGAGCAAGCUGCAGAAGCCGAGAAGGAACGUCUUCAGCGUGAGCAGCGAAAGCAAGACAAGCAGGCGGCCAAGACCCUGCGCCAACGCUUCAAGAAGAGCGUUCAAGCUCAGUGCAAAUUCGAGGCACUCGAGAUGGAGGAGUUGCAGGACUUCUGUUUGCCUUUGGAUGCUGAGCGCUUGCAAGAGCUUUGUGAAAGUCUUGAGGCUAAGCAGCCUGGGGAUGACUCCGAAGCCUUUGUUCGCCAGGAACUGUCGGAGGCUACUUCUGUGGAGUUGUGA